AUGCCUACGCCCCACCAUCUCUACCGGGCCACCUCAGAGGAUGCCGGCUCUCAAUCCGCGCCUAAUACGCAUUUUCCUAUUCUAUACUCUCAACCGCCAGUCAACUUCACCGAGCUCCCUCUGCCAAGCUACAAAAGGCCCGAUCUAGUAGACCCCCUGGCUGGCCAGUGCCAACAGCAGAAUUGGACACUUCCCACCGCUCUCGAGCCAAAGCCCUCACAUCUACCCUUGAACCAGCGCGACCUCAGUGAUAACAGAAAUAUCAACGCUCUCUCUCCCACAAGUCUGUAUAAUCAAAACUACGAUCACCGUAUGAAACUUUCCAUUUCCUACCACGGAAACCAAUUGGCAGAUGGUGGAAAAUAUGCGACUCUAGUUGGUGCCAAGGUGAAACCUCGAGGAAUACAAUAUCAGGAGAAUACCCUUGUCUGCGAUGUUCCCGAGCAGCCCUCAAUCCCGUAUCAAAGGGAGGACCGCAAUUUCAGCUCUAGCAGCAAUUUCCAAGCCCAGCAUGUGCAGUCAUAUCUAGCAUCCGAAUCCGAUGACAGUGAUUCGAUUGCAGCGAGCUUGGUCAGGACUAAGCCAAGACCCACGAAUGUCAGCGAGAUUAAUAGGGGACAAUGCCGUGGGGAUCCACAGUCACACAGCGAGCGCUCGCAGGCCUUGAAUUCAAGAGACAGACCUCAGAAUGAAUAUUACAUGCCUCAAACUGUUCCUAUUAGCUCGGCUUCGGAAUAUCAACCUCAAUCCUCACCCUUGAUCUCUGAUCGUGAACAAUAUGGAAACGUCAAACCACUGCUCCCAUACCAUACCGGACCGCCAGGACCGCAAACCUCCACCAAUAUAGAAGGGACCACACACCCGCAUGAACAACCCUUUAGCGCCCCCAAUGCAACGAACGAGGGAAACCCCUGCUCCGUGGAUCAGUCCCGUAUUAGUGACGAUACGCCCUAUCCGAUUAUCGAUAUAAAUCCGACACACUUCGGACCCCGGGCAUUCUUAAAUGGUUUCCCUUUCUAUAUUGUGUGGCAACAAUUUAGUUUUGUCGACGGAAUAUGGAAGACAAAAACUUCAUCCAAAAUCGGGAGGGGUUCACAGAUUGCUGGAACAGCCCUGUGUAGCCAAAUGCCUAACCGAAAACCCGACUGUUGGGUGGCCAAGGGUGGUUUUCCAGAACAAAUCCUACGGAAGGUAGAAAACGUGGAAGUGGUAUGUAGAUCAGGCGUUCUCAGAAGCAAUACUGAUAUCGUAUCUUCAGAGCUACCCAGCAACGCCAAGGGGGAGCAUGUCGCUAUAGCAGAGCAGGCCAUACUGGUACUCUUUCGCGAAGUACACUCGCGAAUACGACUCUCACCCCCUUCCCGUCGCACACUGAAAGAGCUUUAUCAAGCUGGAUUCAAUGGCCUCAAUGCAAUGAUGUGUCAAGACCUUCUUUACAAGUGGGUAGCUAUUAUGAGAAAUGCUAAAAAAUCGCAAUAUGUAGAGAGACCAAGCUGGUGGCCGGAGAACGUCAGAUACACGAAUGCUGGCGAGUUGGAUGGCCCUGAGAUCAAAGCAGUUCUCUUCCAUCUGUUCUACGGAGAAUACGGUCGUGUCCCCCUAAGGGAAUUCUACACCGCCGGGAGGGGCAUCAGGAUGAAAGACAUAGACCAAAAGACUCUAUCAUGGGCUUUCUGUAUUCGGAGAGUUUUCAAGGCCAAUAUAAUGCUACGUGGGUACCCAUCGGCUCUGAUUUUGUACUGA